AUGAGUGGCGCGUCUUUGCCCGGUGAACGCUUCUCCUUAGUCGCAUCCUUCUACGGCCCCGGAAACAUCGCCUCGUGGCUCUGCAUGGUGAUAUCCGUCCUGACCACUUGGUGCUUGAAUGCAGAGUAUCGUCGUAAAGAUAGCAUCAGCGCAGAUCUCGUUGCCGUUUUAGCAGUGCCAGGUGUUGCAGCCGGUCACGCCAUCUACAUGCUUUUCUUUGGCGGUUCAAACCAUGAAUCGAUCCUGCAUCUCUUUACCAGUGCAGAUUCAGAAGUAGUGAAGCAUGCGGCGGCUGCAGAGGCGGCUCUCGACGUAUGCGAAACAUUUUCUGCGAUAGCACUCGUUCUGGUGUUCGUCUCCAUGUUCUUCGGUCAUCUGAAGCGUACACUGGCCGUCGUUGCUGUUGGUCUACUGGCUUUCUCGACCGAGGCAGUUGUAUUCACACAAAUGAGGGGAGUCAGUGUAUCGGACACCAAUUUAACGCGUCCAUUUCUCUUCAACUUCUUCGAGGUCAUGGUGUCCCUUGUGGUCUUUGUGGCAGUAUGGCUUACUGCCUUCAGUUGUCUUAUAAUGUGGCUACGCUUAGGCGUAGUCGAGGAACCCGCGGAACAAAUAGAGAUGGAGUCCGCCGAUAUCGAGCUCGAAAUAGAAGUGAGGGCAGCCCUGAGGGGACAGGCUAUGGAUGUAGAUUCGGCAGUGCGGUGGGAGAAUCAACAACAAUCCGCCAUGGCACUCCAGCUCGCCGAGGAAGAAGGCCGAGAUGAAGGUCCAAUGCGCCUCUACAAGCACGCCCUUUGGAGUGUUUGGAGAAACCAGCUUCAUACCAUCGCCGAGCUCAGGUGCUACCGUCCUGUUCUUCGUUCCAAGAACCACGACGGAUAUUACAGAGCUGGACCAGAUGGUGUCGCUCUGUAUUGGCAUCAUCACCCUUCUGUUCAGUCUUUGGGGUACGCUCAAAUCUCGAAAGAAGGAAGAGUCGAGGGCCCGGCAAAGGACCCGGCAGCAAGCAGCACAGUAUCGGAGGAACUGGCGCCAAAGACGGUUGAAUGCUGGGCUUAA